ACCGUGGAGUUCGGGUCUGACACGGAUUACCUGGAUACCGGCUUGAAGUCUGGGUGGGCAUCAACCAGCGAGAAAAGGAAAGACUUUUUUGAGGUUUUUUUUACUGACUUUGGUUUCUCCACGUCUCUUUUUUUAUGGAAACAUUUCCUAGGACAUCAACCAUGGCAAGCCGACUUUUUCCUACUCUGCAUUUAUUACUGAUACUGGAGUCGAGCUGGGGUAAAGUCGUGUCUGAGGAUCUUGGUGAAGCCGUGCGUCAGGGUGCAGAUGUCCAACCGGCUGUAGAGCAGCGCGUCUUUGCGCACGAAAGCGCGAACCGGGAUAUGGUCUCCAUCAACAUGUUCAAAGUGUACGAGAAGUACAGCAAGGAGCCGCAGAGCCAGAGGGAGGGAAACACCGUGAGAAGUUUUAAAGCUGUCCCGAGAGUCUUGCACGGUAAGGACGUGCUCCAGUUCAACCUGGCCUCCAUGCAAGAAUCAGAGCUCAUCCUCUCCGCCUCUUUUCACUUCCUCUACAAGCGGCCCCGCCACCACCAGCGACCGUGGCGUUUCCGAAGGCCUCGCCACCCAUCUGGCGGCCACCAGCAUCCAUAUCCUCCCUCCCCGCAGCUCCUCUUCCGCGGAUCAUCCCCAAACUCAUCUUUUGCAACACUGCUGGGAAACAUAACUCUGGCUCCUUUCAAGAAAGGCUCUUGGCAAACAAGGGACAUAACAGCGAUGGUGAAACACUCCAGGGAAGUGAAAGAACUUGUGGUCACGGUGGAGUUUGAUAUGAGGUUUGGGACGCAGCAGAGGAGUCCUCACGGCCAAGAGCGCCUCUCUUCAGCCAACCUGCCGUAUAUCUUGGUAUACGCUGAUGAUCAAGCUAUAGAUGAGCCGAACAGCGUGGCCAUGUCACUCCAGCGGUACGGGUCCUUCCCUGUAGGAGAGGAUGCAUCCUCCUCAGCUUCAGCCUCAAGGAUCCGGAGGGAACUUCAGCUCCAGAUCCAAACCAACGACAUCCCAGAGGUCCAGUACAACUCCUUGAAGAAUCAUGAAUUGUGGCAGAACACAUAUUUCCCAGCAAAAUCCAAAGCAGAGGUGAAACCGGGCAGGAAGCAGGGGCCGGGGGUCAGCGAGAGCCUGAGUAAACCCCAGGUGCUUAGCUUUGAUGAGAGGACGAUGAAAAAGGCCAGGAGGAGACAGUGGAGUGAGCCCAGGGUCUGCUCCAGGCGCUACCUCAGGGUGGACUUCGCUGACAUUGGCUGGAGCGAGUGGGUUUUGGCGCCAAAGUCAUUUGAUGCCUUCUACUGCGCCGGGACCUGUGGAUUCCCCAUCCCUAAAGUGGUGCGUCCCUCCAAUCACGCCACCAUCCAGAGCAUCGUCAGAGCUGUGGGAAUCGUCCCUGGUGUCCCCGAACCGUGCUGCGUUCCAGAGAAGAUGAGUCCCCUUAGCGUUCUUUUCCUGGAUCCACACAGGAAUAUGGUGCUAAAGGUUUACCCCGGCAUGUCUGUGGAUACCUGUGCCUGUCGAUAGGGUCGGAGCAAUCAAUGAAGAUAAAAGAUUAUGAGGAGUUCGUACAUGUAGACUCAUCAUUUGUCAGGAGGGCAUUUCCACAUCGAAGAGGACAGUAGUGAUGAAGACAGCUGAGAUAAACUGGACGACUGGCAGGGCUCUAGUUCUUGAGUCUCAGUUUGAGAACUCUUUUCUGGGUCUUGGACUAGUCACUGUCAUGACUGGACGUUGACUCGACUUUUUCCUGCUUUUCUAACAUGUUUUUUUCCUCAUGUUUUUCUCCACCCAGCCCACCUUUCUUUAUUUUUCUCCCCUCAUCCAGAAGCAGUUGUAAGAAGUGCACUUAAUACACCCCAGUGUACGUAAUGCUCCUAAAUGUUCUAUGUAUUGGACGUUGAAGUUAAGCACAAAACUCUUGCAGGUAGAUCUUUGUCUCUGAUCCUUUAUAAACUUUUUCAGUCCCUUUCUUCACUUUUAUAAAGUGAUUUUGCCUGAUUUAAUAUAAGACAAGAACAACUCACUCAGCUUGGACCUGGUUUUGUGAUUGGUUUCAACUUUACUAAGCUCAACGUCUUUCAACAUUUCCUGACUGCUUGCGGGCAUCAGUAUCCUCUACUGUUUGACACUGUCUUUAGGAUUCAACUGAAUUUCGAACAAACUGAUAAACUGCACACAGACUCACAGACUCAGGAGGGUCUGAGGGACACAGAGGCUGCAUGGCAGCACACUUAUAUCCUACCCAAAUUAAUUAACCCUUGUCAUGAAAAUACUGUAGUUACUAAUGCAAACUAAAUGGUACUUCUUAAUAAGUGAUGUUACUGAACACCUCCCACCUAUUAGCAAGAAAUGUUAUUCAUGCAUGAGAGGUAAUAUCGUCUUUGAACUAUAAUUCAAUAGCCAUUUGUUUAUAUUUUGUAUAUAAUGAGUGUAUUUUGACUCCUACUGAGAUUUAAUGUAGUACGAGCAUUUUGUAGCUUGUUUCUGCUACAUGUUACAGCACAGAGGGAAAGCAGUGCUUUGCUGCCACCUGCUGUGCAUUUUGAGAUAGCUUAAGGGGCUAAAACAUACAUACUAAAAAUUUUGAAGGAGAAUGUUCAAGUACUCCUUGUGGCUAUUCACUAUUUCCCUUUAAUACAUAAAUACUGUUAAUCAAAGAUGACAUGUACAGUUUGUAAUAAUAAUAGAUUUCCAUAGUAGGUAAAAUGGGAUAAAUGUAUCCAACCUUAUAACGUAUGGCUAAAAGUGUAUUUGUAAGUGUGAUGUGUGCUUCAACAAAUCAUAGUCAUGAUGUAUAACAUGGUAAGGAAAUAAACUGAAUUGUACAUACGG